AUGGUGCAGGUCAGCGUGCGGGCGGCAGCUGCAGCAGCAGUACGAGUGCGCAGGCAGGGCAUGGUGCAGGGCAGCGUGCGGGCGGCAGCUGCAGCAGCAGCACGAGUGCGCAGCAGGGCAGGCACGGGCAGCGCUAGCAGGGCACGGUGCAGGGCAGCGUGCGGGCGGGAACUGCAGCAGCAGCACGAGCUCACGGGCAGGGCAGGCACGGGCAGCGCAAGCAGGGCAGGACAGGGGCGCUCGGGUGCGGGGCAGCAGGGCACGCACGGGCACGGGGCAGCGGGGCACGCGCUGGCACAGGGCAGCAGGGCGCGCGCAGGCACAGGGCAGCGGGGCGCGCGUGGCGGUGCUGCGGCUGGUGUGUUGGCGCACCGGCGGUCGUCCAGGGCUGCGCAAUGCCAGUUGCGCAAGCGACGCCUCUCUGGCGCUCACGCGCUUGAUCUCCCCGCGACCAGCAGCCGCACGUUCAUCUGCGCGGAUAGCGAUCAUGGGGUUGAUUUUCCCGCCGCUGCAAGUACCCUCCGCAAGUGUGGCGCACGGGAGUCGAUUUCAUCGCGCGCUGCGUCUGUUGUUGGGCGUGCUGCUGCUGGCGGCGCGGGGCCGCUGGGAAUGCGUGCAUGCUCAGCAGCACGGCGCAGCAGGGACAGGUCGUCUGUUCCACAGCAACAGAAUCUACAGCAGCAGCAGCAGCAGCAGCAGCAAGGGGGGGGUGGCGAGGUCCAGCGGUGGUAUCUAGACAACAGUGAGCUAGAGGCGUUCCUCAGGGCCUAUGUGGACCGAUGCAGCCACAUGGCACGCCUUUACAGCAUCGGCCGCAGUGUGCUGGGCGUGCCUCUGUGGGUGCUUCACAUCACUUUGAACCCAACUGAAAAGCGCCCUCGCUUCACAUUCAAGUACAUAGGCGGUGUGCAUGGGGACGAGCCGUUGGGGCGGCAGCUGCUGCUGUACCUGGCGGACUGGCUGUGCAACAACUACCCCUCGCACCCCCUCGCGAGGGAGGUGGUGGAGGGGGUGGAGCUGCACCUACUGCCAGCAAUGAACCCCGAUGGCUUCACGCUGCACACCAGGGAGAACGCCAACCGAGUCGACCUCAACCGCGCCUUCCCUGACCACUGGUUCGCGGAGAUGAAUGCGGAGGAGGCGGGGCGGCAGGCGGAGGUGCGCGCCGUGAUGCGGUGGACGCAGCGCCACCACUUCAGCGCCUCCGCUAGCCUGCACGGGGGAGCACUGGUGGCGAGCUAUGCAUGGGACGGCACUAAGGACAGAGGGUACUGCUCUGUGCCUUGUUCCCAAGCCGACCACAUGCAGCCAUGCAUCUCCUUCUGCUGCCAUGCAUCUCCUUCUGCAGCCAUGCAUCUCCUUCUGCAGCCAUGCAUCUCCUUCUGCAGCCAUGCAUCUCCUUCUGCUGCCAUGCAUCUCCUUCUGCUGCCAUGCAUCUCCUUCUGCUGCCAUGCAUCUCCUUCUGCUGCCAUGCAUCUCCUUCUGCUGCCAUGCAUCUCCUUCUGCUGCCAUGCAUCUCCCUCUGCUGCCAUGCAUCUCCCUCUGCUGCCAUGCAUCUCCUUCUGCUGCCAUGCAUCUCCCUCUGCUGCCAUGCAUCUCCCUCUGCUGCCAUGCAUCUCCUUCUGCUGCCAUGCAUCUCCCUCUGCUGCCAUGCAUCUCCCUCUGCUGCCAUGCAUCUCCUUCUGCUGCCAUGCAUCUCCCUCUGCUGCCAUGCAUCUCCUUCUGCUGCCAUGCAUCGCCUUGUGCUGCCAUGCAUCGCCUUGUGCUGCCAUGCAUCGCCUUGUGCUGCCAUGCAUCGCCUUGUGCUGCCAUGCAUCGCCUUGUGCUGCCAUGCAUCGCCUUGUGCUGCCAUGCAUCGCCUUGUGCUGCCAUGCAUCGCCUUGUGCUGCCAUGCAUCGCCUUGUGCUGCCAUGCAUCGCCUUGUGCUGCCAUGCAUCGCCUUGUGCUGCCAUGCAUCGCCUUGUGCUGCCAUGCAUCGCCUUGUGCUGCCAUGCAUCGCCUUGUGCUGCCAUGCAUCGCCUUGUGCUGCCAUGCAUCGCCUUGUGCUGCCAUGCAUCGCCUUGUGCUGCCAUGCAUCGCCUUGUGCUGCCAUGCAUCGCCUUGUGCUGCCAUGCAUCGCCUUGUGCUGCCAUGCAUCGCCUUGUGCUGCCAUCUAUCCUAUCUUGCAGCCGGUUCCCCGUUCCCUGUGCUUCCAUCUAUCGUGCCUCCCCCUUCUACCUUCUCCCCCACACUCCCUUCCCUCCCCCCUUUCGACCACAACAUUGCUCAAUUCCCAUCUCACCCUCAUCCCAUAAACCCAUCUCUCCCAUUCCAACUCCCCCCAUUGCCCCCUUUCCCCUUCCCCACAACCCCCCCUCCCCCUCUCCCCCACGCCACCAGAGCAGCACGCACUACGCUGCGUCGCCAGACGAUGCCACGUUCCGUCUGAUGGCCACCACCUACGCCACUGCCCACCCCUCCAUGGCACUCUCGCGUGACUUCCCCGGCGGCAUCACCAAUGGCGCCUCCUGGUACCGCGCCCAAGGGGGAGCGGCUGGGGGACUGGAACUACGUGUCCGCGCGCUGCAUGGAGAUCACCCUCGAGCUGCACAUCGCCAAGUGGCCCUCGCCCUUCCUUGUACGCCCCUCGCCCUUCCUUGUACGCCCCUCGCCCUUCCUUGUACGCCCCUCGCCCUUCCUUGUACGCCCCUCGCCCUUCCUUGUACGCCCCUCGCCCUUCCUUGUACGCCCCUCGCCCUUCCUUGUACGCCCCUCGCCCUUCCUUGUACGCCCCUCGCCCUUCCUUGUACGCCCCUCGCCCUUCCUUGUACGCCCCUCGCCCUUCCUUGUACGCCCCUCGCCCUUCCUUGUACGCCCCUCGCCCUUCCUUGUACGCCCCUCGCCCUUCCUUGUACGCCCCUCGCCCUUCCUUGUACGCCCCUCGCCCUUCCUUGUACGCCCCUCGCCCUUCCUUGUACGCCCCUCGCCCUUCCUUGUACGCCCCUCGCCCUUCCUUGUACGCCCCUCGCCCUUCCUUGUACGCCCCUCGCCCUUCCUUGUACGCCCCUCGCCCUUCCUUGUACGCCCCUCGCCCUUCCUUGUACGCCCCUCGCCCUUCCUUGUACGCCCCUCGCCCUUCCUUGUACGCCCCUCGCCCUUCCUUGUACGCCCCUCGCCCUUCCUUGUACGCCCCUCGCCCUUCCUUGUACGCCCCUCGCCCUUCCUUGUACGCCCCUCGCCCUUCCUUGUACGCCCCUCGCCCUUCCUUGUACGCCCCUCGCCAUUCCUUGUGCGCCCCUUACCCGCACGCCCUCAUGCUGUGCUGUGCGCGUGGAAGGUCAGAACACGCCAAGUGGCUCUCCCCCUUCCUCGCAUUCCCCGCCCUCUCCCCUUAUGCCCGAUGCCCGUGUGUCCUCUUGCAUUAGGCCUAUGCCCUUCCCUGUGCGCCACUUCCCUGUGCGCUCCCUCUGCUCUGCCCCCGGUGCCACUACCCGGCGUGGCGAGCAGCUGCCUCAGCUGUGGGAGGAGCACCGACCGGCCCUGCUCGCCCUCCUCACCACCACUGCCAAGGUGCCCUCCUCACCACCACUGCCAAGCACAUCUCAGCCUCCCAUGCCUCUCACCAUGCUGCCGCCCACCAUGCUGCCUCCCACCAUGCUGCCAUCCACUACAUGGCAGAUGGGGGUGCAGGGCACGGUGCUGUCUGCAGCCACGUCCGCGCCCCUGCCCGCCACCAUCGCUGUGUUGGGCAUCGACAUCCAGGUCACCCGCUCUGCCUCUGCCUGCACUCCUGCCUCCUUGCACGCAUGGGUGCAUGGGAGUUUUGUCUCGGUUCCUCCCCCCCGCCCUCUCUUUUACUUCCGUCCUGUCCUUCACUUCACUCCACUGAGCGCACGUCUCUGCAUGCCUCCCUCUUGUCCCUAUCUCCCACUCCCCUGCCGCUGCCCUUCCCCCCUUGCUUCCCUGCCUGCCCACCUCUACUUCCCAGUGACCAUAUCACACCCAGGGCACAUCAAUCACACCACCAACGUCACCGUGCUUGCAGGCCGCCCCACGCUGCUGCACCUUCUUCUCCGCCCCUCCUCGCCCCCGUCCCUCCACGCCCCCUCAAUCUUCCAAACCCGCUCCUUGUCCCCCCCGCCCCCCCAACCCUCGGGGCUCGCCUGGCUACCCUGGCACUGGGGCAGCAAGAGAGGAGGCGCCACGAAAAAGCAGGGAGUGACAAAGGGGGGAGGGCAGGGAGGCAGGGCGGGGGGGGCAGAUGAUCCGUCUCUGGUGCUGCCUUCUCGGCAGCAGGCAGCUGCAGCAGCGGCAGCAGGGGGGGUAUUGAGCAGCGAUGAGGUGAUGUGGGCGGUGGGCAUGGGCAGCAGUGCAGCGCUGGCAGCGGCAGUGGUGGCGGUGGUGCUGCUGGGCGGGCUGCUCAUGAUGGUGGGCCACCGCCGCCGCCGGUUUCUCUUCUCCCACCGCGGCCUGCCACUACGCUCGCUGCCCAAAUGA